CACGAUUGAAAGUAUAUGUCUUUUUUUAAGAUUCAUAUAUUUUUUAUCCAAUUUCAUUACUUUAAACUAUGAGAAAAGACAAGUCGUCACCAGAUGACGGUGCAUCGAUUAAGGAGGGCACAUCUCUAUACUUACCUCUGCAACAUCUCUAGAUCGGGUAUCUGUCAAUGUCAUUUGUAUCAGUGUUUUUUAAGGCGUAGGGAGUAGCAUACGCGGGAAUAGUUCUUGCCUACAUAUGAUUUUCCACUUGUUUGCCGUUGAAAAAGAAAUAAAUUGGCAAUCGCGUUCUCCCGGGGAUUCGUUAACAUUAGAGUGUUCGGUGUCUUAACAGGGUGGGGUUGCAAUACAUACGAUUUUGUCAAGCGAAUUUCAACUUACAUCAACACAAAUUCAGUAGCACUUAAAUACAGUUUUUAUGGCCGAAAUGGAAAAGAACCCUUAAAAAGAUUUAAAAAUAAAACACCGGAUUAUUAUGUCUGCUGAAAGGGCUGCUGUAUGAAAAAUCCACCAUGAGCCACCCAGAAAAAUUUUGAUAACACAAAAAAAAUAUUAUUUUUUUAAUAUAAACACUUGUUUUAAAUAAU